CCCACACUCCCUCAGCCAUGCCCGCGCCAGACCUCGUCGGCUCGCUGCUCUUCUGCGCCGCGUGCGGCUCGCUGCUCGACCUGCCGUCGGAUUCGGACGUCAUCGUGUGCGCGCCGUGCGGCGCCUCGGCGUCGGCAGCCGUGUACGACGGGCUCGCCAUCGUCACUGCCUCGGCGCCGUCGGCCUUUCCCUCGGCGCUGCGCCAGAAGCGCACGCUCGUGCACUCGGCGCAGUCGGCCAGCGACCCCGCCGCGCGCCCGCAGGAGGCGACGAUCAAGGAAAAGUGCCCCGGCUGCGGGCACGACGAGAUGAACUUCCACACGCUGCAGCUGCGCAGCGCCGACGAGGGCACCACCGUCUUCUACACGUGCCCCAAGUGCGGCUACAAAUUCAGCCAAAACAACUGAGCAGCUCGCCCAUCGCUCCUCGCUCGUCACUCGUCGCUAUCGCUCAUCAUCUUCGGCGGCGCUGGAUCGCCGAGCCGUCGCAAUAUACCCUGUCUCACCACUAGCAGCGCGUCGCGCGAGAGCAUCGGACCGAUAAGCUUCGACAGUCUGGUUGGGUAGGUACACAUCAAGAAAGAGAGAGGGGCUCCGAAAGGUGGAGGCAGGGACAGGUCACGAGGUGGAGUCCGAUAGCGUGCUGCCCGUCACGCUCUUGGCGUAGCGCGCGGCAGCCGACGUGGUCGAUGGAACAAGGGACACCGGGCGCUGCGGCGGCGGCGAAGCGCCCGGAAUGCUGUGGAGGCGCUUGGGUCAGUCGCAGCACAUAGCGCUCUCGGACUGGCUCAUCACGCACUUCUCAAAGCUGCCGAUGUGGCGGAUCGCGCGGUGCGUCGGCGCGCUGGCCGCGACAGACGCGGCGCGCGAGCCCGACUCAUCGAC